GAAUUUUAGAUCUCUCUCUCUCUCUCUCUGCACUUUCUUCUACACAGAGAGAAAUAAACUUAGCCCCUUGGUCUGCUUCGUGAGAUUCAGAUCCUUUAAAGAAACUUGUUUAGCUCAGAAGAAUCAUUUUCGGGUUUUGAAGCAUAAAGGCUUCUCUCGACUUUCAAAAAACUGUCUCCUUUUUCUUUUUGCUAUUUCAAGCAGAGAUUGAUCGAAGAAGAUAAAAAUCUCGUCUUUCUUCAUUCUCAGUGAUUGAUUCUCAAAUUACCCAUCAUCUUACUUCUUCUGAUUCCUCAAAUCUCGAUUAGUCUUUGCAUUUCUUUGAUUCAAAGCUUACUAAGUUCGGUUUUUGGAAGAGAUUCCAUUUGGUCUUCGUAAGCGUGUUUUGGAUGCCCUGUAGCUGAAGAUGCAGCCUGAUCAGCGCAAAAAGUCAUCAGUUGAGGUAGAUUUCUUCACAGAAUACGGUGAAGGAAGCAGAUACAGAAUAGAGGAAGUUAUUGGUAAAGGAAGCUAUGGAGUUGUCUGUUCUGCUUACGAUACACAUACCGGAGAGAAAGUUGCGAUUAAGAAAAUCAAUGAUAUUUUCGAGCAUGUUUCGGAUGCAACUCGCAUUCUCCGUGAGAUCAAACUUCUCAGACUCUUACGCCAUCCAGACAUUGUUGAGAUCAAACACAUCUUGUUGCCGCCUUCAAGAAGAGAGUUUAAAGACAUUUACGUGGUUUUUGAGCUCAUGGAAUCUGAUUUGCAUCAGGUUAUUAAGGCAAAUGAUGAUUUGACUCGUGAGCAUUACCAGUUUUUUCUCUAUCAGCUUCUCCGUGGCCUCAAGUAUAUACACACAGCUAAUGUCUUUCAUCGGGAUCUAAAACCAAAAAACAUAUUGGCAAAUGCUGAUUGCAAACUCAAGAUCUGUGAUUUUGGACUUGCAAGAGUCGCAUUCAAUGAUACACCAACCGCGAUAUUCUGGACUGAUUAUGUAGCUACUCGAUGGUACAGGGCUCCAGAACUGUGUGGAUCAUUUUUCUCAAAGUAUACACCAGCAAUAGAUAUAUGGAGCAUCGGGUGCAUUUUUGCAGAGCUCUUAACAGGGAAACCUCUUUUCCCCGGGAAAAAUGUGGUCCAUCAAUUGGAUCUGAUGACGGAUAUGUUGGGAACUCCAUCUGCUGAAGCCAUCGGAAGGGUGAGGAACGAGAAAGCUCGAAGAUACUUAAGCAGCAUGAGGAAGAAGAAGCCUAUUCCUUUUUCACAUAAGUUCCCACAUGCUGAUCCUCUUGCUCUUCGUCUUCUAGAAAAGAUGUUGUCUUUUGAACCCAAGGACCGGCCUACAGCUGAAGAGGCGCUUGCAGAUGUAUACUUCAUGGGUUUAGCUAAGGUUGAAAGAGAGCCCUCUGCUCAACCUGUCACCAAGUUAGAAUUUGAGUUUGAAAGGCGGAGGAUCACAAAAGAAGACGUGCGAGAGCUCAUAUACAGAGAGUCUCUGGAGUACCACCCAAAGAUGCUGAAAGAAUACUUGGAUGGAUCAGAGCCAACUAACUUUAUGUACCCGAGUGCGGUGGAACAUUUCAAGAAACAGUUUGCUUACCUCGAGGAACACUACAAGAAUGGUACUUCUCAUAAUCCCCCUGAGAGGCAACAGCACGCAUCAUUACCAAGGGCUUGUGUAUUGUACUCUGAUAACAAUCAUCCAGUGGCACAACAGAGUUCAGCUGAAGUCACUGAUGGACUCUCCAAGUGUAGCAUCAGAGACGAGAGACCUCGGGGUGCAGACAGGAAUGCCCAGAUGCCAAUGUCGAGAAUUCCUAUUAACGCCCCUCAAACGAUCCAAGGUGCUGCAGUAGCUAGGCCUGGAAAAGUAGUUGGAUCAGUGUUACGCUAUAACUGCGGCGCAGCCACAGGCGUUGAAGCUCUUGAACAACAACAGAGAAGGAUGGUCAGAAAUCCAGCUGCUGCGUCUCAAUACCCAAAGAGGACUCAUCCUUGCAAAAGCAACAGAGGAGAUGAAGAUUGCGCCACCGCCGCCGAAGGUCCAAGCAGAUUGAAGCCAAACACUCAGUAUAUACCACAAAAAGUGGCUGCAGCACAAGAUACUGCAAUGAGUCGCUGGUAUUAAACAUGAUGUUUUGGUUCUAGUUUUAGCUUUACCACUUCACGUCUCAGGGAGAGCUAAAGAGUAGCCCUUUGAAUCAUCCAUCGUGUUAUCAAGAGCCGAAACAUGAAGAGAGUAAGACAUGGCUGAAGAGCGAAAUGAGAGAGACAUGGGUAGAAAGAUAAAGAAGAGUCUUCUUACAGAUCAUGUCAUGUAAUUUGUCUUCAUAUCUUUAUGUUCUUAAAAACAAGCUUUGUUUGUCUACGUUGUAACACUUAUAUUGCCUACAGUUCUUAAAUCCUAUGAACUCAAUCUGAUAAACAGCAA